AUGGCCACAUCAGAAACCAUUCUGCUUACACGAGCACAGAUCGAAGCACUCACAGACACCAAUAUCCAUGAUACGAUUCCUUCGGCCGAACUCGCUGCCGCCCUAGCUUCCACCCCGUUCAUCCAGGCGGGCCUCUUGAACCUGCGUGAUCUCGGCCAGGUCCCCAGCAGUGCAAUCCGGCCCGGACUCAUUUACCGCUCAGGCAAGCUUCAGGAUGAUGCGCCGACACAUACAUGGAUCUCGGAGCACGUGAAGAGCGUGUUCGACCUGCGGGGCGAGGCGGAGGUGCGACACUCACCCGAUCCCGUGGUGGACGGCGUGGCCAACGUCUGGUUUCCGCCCGAGCGAAAGCCGGACCGGCUUGACCCCACGCGCUUCAUCGAGGGCGACGGGAGCAAGGAGUGGGCGCGGCAAUACCUCGCCGUCCUGGAACUGUACCGUCCAGGUAUCCGUGCCGUGCUUGAGCAUGUACGCGACAAGCCCGGACAACCUCUCCUCUUCCAUUGCACGGCUGGACGCGACCGCACGGGUGUCGUCGCGGGUAUCCUCCACUCCCUGGCGGGUACUCCGGAAGAGAAUAUUGUAUAUGAUUACAUGCUCACGCGUGUCGGGUUGGAACCAGGAAGGGCAGAGCUCGAAGCCCAACUCCUCGCCCAUUCGAAGACUGAGGAUGUUCGGAACGAGCCCGGAUGGCACAAUUUGGCGUCACUCCGCCCGACGUCCUGGCACGCGUUCGCCGAGCGUGUGCAGGAGGCGUAUGGCGGGUUUGAGGGGUACGUCACACGUUAUCUCGGCUUCUCGCAGGAUGAUGUCGAGACGAUCAAGCGCAACUUGCGCCGGAAGGCGUCUGCUUGA